ACUCUACACCUCACAACACAACCCAUUACCAUCGUACACUUUUUUUCUUUAUUCUCAGAAACCUUUGAUUUUAUUUGCGAAGCGUUACGAUAUGGCGCUAACGAUGAUGGCAGCGAUCGGCAUCCGCUCCGGGAAGCAAGAGAAAAAUAUGCCUCCGGCGCCGGCAGAGAACGAGCUGAAGAAGCGGAACGAGGAGCUCGAGAAGGAGCUCAGAGAAAGCAAGGAGCGAGAGGAGCAGAUGAAGCGCGAUCUUCAGAGCGCGCGGGAGAGGCUGCGCGUGGCCGAGGAGGCCGAGGAGAGGCUCUGCUCGCAGCUCGGGGAGCUCGAAGCGGAGGCAGUUUACCAGGCACGUGACUACCACGCGCAAAUCGUCUCCCUCAUGGAACAGCUCUCACGCGCGCAAAGCCUCCUUCUGAGGACCGGCGCCUCCUCCAUUCCGCUUCCGUCCUCCUCGUAAUCAUAAAUAAAAAUGUAUUUACUAAUAGGUUUUGGCAUUUACAUAUCAGAGUCAUUGUGGCUUUUAGAUGAAUAUGAUGAUGAUGCUGACGGCGAUCCAUAUCUGCGUGGAUUGUGUCUGUUGUAAAAUUUUGUUGAUGAUCGAGAAUAGAUUGAUGAUUGGUGUUGGCGUUUUGAAAACUAAA